AUGCAACCUCCACAUCAAGAUUCGCGGGUUAAUCUUGUCCAGUUGAAAGCUGAUAUAGUGAAGAGACUUGGGCCGGAAAGGUCGAAGCAGUAUUUUUAUUAUUUGAAUAGAUUAUUGGCAUUGAAGCUAACCAAGGUUGAGUUUAAUAAGCUUUGUUUUAGGAUACUAGGGAAAGAGAAUGUUGCACUUCACAAUAGGCUUAUUUGUUCAAUCUUGAGAAAUGCUUGUCAUGCGAAAUCGCCGCCAGCAGUUAAUGAUGAAGAAGCUCCAAAGUCUACUCUAACUAAGGCCCUAAACCAGCCUGUAUUUUUGAAUGGGAAUGUCUUGCCAUUGUCACCGAAAAAGGUUAGAUCAUCAAUUCGUGAUCGUAAAGUCGGGGACCGUCCAGUUGUUAUACUGAAUGGGAAGGCUGACUUCGCAUCUCAUCAGUUGGCAGGUACAGGUGACAGUGAUUUUUCUACAAUAAACGGGCAUUUCACUCCCGUUGAUAUUCAGAAGCAGUUGCAGCAUCAUCAAGAACUGAUAGAGCAAUCAAAGAAUGAUGGGGAGGUUUCAUUCCAUCACCCUGCUAAAUUAUCACUAAUAAAGACACCACCUGAUGGUCCAGUUUCUGUAAAUAGCAAGGUCCAGAAUGACCUAGUUGCCGAAGGUGGGAAAGAAGUACCCUCUCGAAGUCUACUCCAUGCUCCACUUGGGAUUCCAUUCUUUUCUGUUAGUGUUGGUGGGGCCCGAAAGACUUUGCCUUUGAUGAGCAGUGUUAGAUCUGCUACCUCACUUGAUAGUGGUAGACUGUAUGAUAUUGAGACGUUAAGGGAACGUAUGCAGCAGAUUGCUACAACACAUGGUCUUGAAGGGGUGUCAGUGGACUCUGCUAAUUUGUUAAACAAUGGUCUGGAUAUUUACUUGAAGGGUUUAAUCAGGUCGUGCAUGGAAAUGGUAGGUGCAAGAUAUGGCCAUGACAUGAUGAAGAACAGUUCCAACAAGCAGCAGUCUGGUGGGAAGCUUGCAAAUGGUGUGUGGCCAGGUCAUCAUUAUCAGAUUCAAAGUAGCUGUAGGCCUUUGGAGGGCAUGCAAGAAGGGAGAUCCUGUUCCCCAGUAUCGUUGCUUGAUUUUAAGGUUGCAAUGGAACUAAACCCACAGCAGCUUGGUGAAGACUGGCCAUUGCUGCUGGAGAAGAUAUCUACGCAUCCAUUUGAGGAAUAA